GCGCUUGCCUGGUGCAUUUAGUAGGUUUCUGAGUUUGUCUUUGCCGUUUGAAGUCUCACAUUGUGUGCAAAAUAUUGCGCUUUUCUCCCGAAAAAUCCCUAAUUUUCACCACAAUUCCACCUCAAGUCCCCGCAGGGUGUUUUAUUGUUUUGGCCAAUAGUGAAAAUAUAUUGAAAAGUUGGCCAGAAAAUUGCUUAAUUGCAAAUUAAAAAUUGUGGUGUUUUUUGUGUGACAGAGACUCGCCCAUAUCGCAUCUGUAGAGGGAGUUGGUGUCCACGAGUGUGAGGGAGAUAGUGAUAUCGUGAGAAGUUUUCUUCGCGAAAAAAAGCCAGUUUUCUGUGAAAAUACUCAAGUGUUUUGCUGAUUAUCGUCUUGCUGGACAGAUAGAGUGUCUGCCUGAGUGAUUUUUGGCAGUGGCGUUGUGUGAAAAUCCAGGAAAAUCACCGUGUGAAUUUUUUUUCUGUGCGCGACAGAGUGUCCUUUGAAGGGUUUCCCCUCACGAAUGGUGUCCGGAAGGAUUUUUUCCAGUCAAUUUUGAGGGAUUUCCUGGGUAUUUCUUCGAGGUUUUUUGGAUUCUUGGACAUUCCCUGGAGCUUCUGAUCAUCCCAUGCCAAUCCAUGAGCGUGUCCUGUGUGCGUGAUAGCUGCCUUUCCAUCGCGUCAAGGUGAUUCCUCUCACUGGAGACUUCCUGGAGAAAAAUCGUCACUACACAGACGCAGAGAGUCAUCAGGGGCGUGUGUCAUCCACACAACAACUGUUGAUUAGACGAGGAGUAUCAUCGAGGAUUGCGUCAGUCGUGUGUUGCUUGUGCUCGUGCGAUAUCCAACACAGUGUUCAGACGUUCCUAGAAAAGCCUCAAGUGACAGAGAUACUUCCGGAACUUUAAGUCCUUUGCAUUGGGAAUUUCAUUCCCCAAUUCUUUGCCUCUCUAAUUGGAUAUCCGUGAGUGAUUUGUGUGUAGUGAUCAAGUGAAUUGAAAAUGGCAGAAGCCGGCACCAAUAACAACACAUCCCAGAAUCCCAAUGCUGAAGUCAUCCGUGGGCAGACUUUUGAAGUGGGACCACGGUACACAGAACUGUCCUACAUCGGCGAAGGAGCCUACGGGAUGGUUGUAUCCGCCACUGACACCGUGACAAAGACAAAAGUGGCCAUCAAGAAGAUAUCACCGUUUGAGCAUCAAACCUAUUGUCAGAGGACACUGCGGGAGAUUAAGAUUCUGACACGCUUCAAACAUGAAAAUAUAAUAGACAUUAGAGAUAUUCUACGGGUAGAUAGUAUAGAACAAAUGAAAGAUGUAUAUAUUGUUCAGUGCUUGAUGGAGACUGAUCUUUAUAAAUUACUAAAAACACAGAGGCUAACUAAUGAUCAUAUCUGCUACUUCCUCUACCAGAUUCUCAGAGGUCUGAAAUACAUUCAUUCAGCUAAUGUACUCCACAGGGAUCUUAAACCAAGUAAUAUACUUCUAAAUACAACAUGUGACCUUAAGAUUUGUGAUUUUGGUCUUGCACGAGUUGCUGAUCCAGAGCACGAUCACACCGGAUUUCUCACUGAAUACGUAGCAACAAGGUGGUACAGGGCUCCUGAAAUAAUGCUCAAUUCCAAGGGUUACACACAAUCAAUUGAUAUCUGGUCAGUUGGAUGUAUCUUGGCUGAAAUGCUGAGUAAUCGGCCUAUUUUCCCCGGGAAGCACUAUUUGGAUCAAUUGAAUCACAUUCUUGGGGUUCUCGGAUCACCAUCCGAGGAGGAUUUGCAAUGUAUCAUAAAUGAGAAGGCACGCAAUUAUCUGCAGACAUUGCCGUACAAGCCAAAGGUACCAUGGGCUAAGCUCUUCCCCAAUGCCGAUCCACGAGCACUCGACCUGCUCGACAAGAUGCUCACGUUCAAUCCUCACAAUCGAUAUUCGGUGGAAGAGGCCCUAUCGCAUCCCUACUUGGAGCAGUAUUAUGAGCCAGAUGAUGAGCCAAUAUCCGAUGAACCGUUCAGCAUUGCCAUGGAAUUGGAUGAUUUACCAAAAGAGACACUCAAGCAACUCAUCUACGAGGAAACAUUGCUGUUCAAGGAGAAGAAUCCCGAUCCGGUAGUUACGUAAGCAUUAUACUGAGGUCUUUUCCGCAACAAUUUGCGAUGAUGACGGAGGAUGGUUAAUGGGGAGAAAGGAGCAGCUGGUGAAGAGGUGAGUCUAAAAUAUUGAUGGAUUUUCAUGAUAAGGAAGCAUGCUUGAGAAUAAUGUUGUAUACGUUAUUGAGAAUUAAUUGAUUGUGGUUGAUUCUGCGCUGCAGCAAAAAAAAAAGAAUCGCAAAGACAUCAGAAAUUUUAAUAGAAAAUGAGAAAAAGGAGAAACUUUUAAUGAAAAUGUGGUUAUUAAUUGUGUAAAAACAAAAAUUAAAAAAAGAAUAAAUCUGAAGAGAAAAAGAACCCCUCCUUCAUCAAAAUAUUGAUAGACAAUGUUUAAGAAGGGAGGAGAUGAGAAGAAAGUGAAAUAUUUAGAAAGAAAACAAUCAGAAUGAAUAAAUUUUCUUCUGAUGUUGUGCCAUUUUUGAAGAGAAAAAAAAAUACUGGAAAACAUUUUUUUGCGAAAAAGAUUUCAAUGUGCAUGCCAUUUAUCCUUCUUCCCCUCGCCCCCCCCCCCCAAAGUAUUUACACAAGAUAUCCCAAAAGAAGAUGGAUAAUGAGAAAAAAAUGUAAAAAACAAUUCAAAUGAGAUACUAAUAAUGUAACUUUUCAAUUGAGCAUUAAAGUGUAAGUGUGUUUUUUGCCAAUUUUUGAGGAUUCCUUCGGAUUAUCGUAAUUUUGAGAAAAUCUCUCAUUUUGCAAGAACGGUAGCAUUAAAUCGUCAGGAAAAAUAUCUAGAGGAAAAAUUAGCCACGCCCACUUUAACAGACUCGAGGGGUUGACAACUGCGCAAAGUAAGAUAUCACAGAUAGGCCGAACUAUUCAAAAAAUAUUUUCAAUAUUUUUAGCCGCUUUUAAUAUAUUUUAAUAUUAUUUGGUAUAAUUUGAGGAGCACUUUUCUAAAUUUUCAGAAAGAUUGGCUGAUAAUUGUGGUCUACAGAAAUUUCCAAAGUCCCUUAGGAUGAUUUGCUAAAAGUCGGACAGCGCUGAAUGUCGGACACAUCGAAAGUCGGACGAAAAAAGGCAUGCUCCAGCAUGCAAACACAUUAUCAAAUUAAGUUGUUCCUUAAUCCUUUAAGCUGGCUAUACAUUAGACAUAAUUUAUUGAAAUAUUUCUUUUCAAUGUCAAAUAUUGACAAGGAUUGCUUCCACAUUGCAAAGAUUUAUUGACAUAAAUGUUUCAAUAUUGAAGAAAAUUGUCCAGUGUGUAGGCAAAUAUUGAAAUAUUUGCUUCAAUAUGGAACAUUUUAUUCAAUAUUUUAUUUCAUUAUUUUGAAUGGCUACAAACUAGGCUCAAUUAUGCUAAUAAAAAAUUUCAAAGUCACAUUUAAAUAAAAUUUCAAAGAAAUUCUAAAUAUCAAAUUGAUUUCAUAUUUCCUUCAAUAUUUUUUAAUGGUCAGGAAUCUUCUGCCUUCAGAACAUCACAGAAUUGCCGGAUUUUCCUUGUUCAUGAAUGAAAACACAUCCAAGAUCAAAAUCCAAGUCCAGACACAUCUCUCCUGCUUCGUCCAGAAAAUCCCAGAUUCUUGGAGUUUGGUUAUAUAUUUUGUUCAAUCUCCUCAAGAACCCAACUUGGUCAGCACUAAUCACCUGCUUCCUCCAGAAAAUCUCAGAACUUCUGGGAUUUUCUUGUUCAUUAUGACCAAGACACUUCAGAUACAUACUGUGGUCAGAGGAUUCCUGGAGCUUCCUCCAGAAAUUCCAGAUCUUCUGGGAUUUUCUUGUAUAUUAUGCCCAAAACACUUCAGAUACAUUCUGUGGUCAGAGGAUUCCUGGAGCUUCCUCCAGAAAUUCCAGAUCUUCUGGGAUUUUCUUGUUCAUUAUGCCCAAAGCACUUCAUAAUAUAAGUAUAAUUUUAUGAUACGAAUUGGAAUCAUACAGAGGGAACGAAGGCUUGUGGUUGUGGCCAUCCAGUCCUUUUGCUAGCGAUGGUAAACUUCCUACGGUAUGAUACGACGCAUGAUCCUGAAAGUCUGUGAGAAUUCAAGUUAUUAAUUCUAUUUGGCUUUUGUUUCCAAUCUGAAGUGUUUUUAAUAUAAAAGAAAAUCCCAGAAGAUCUGGGAUUUCUUGGAGGAAGCUCCAGGAAUCCUCUGACCACAGAAUGUAUCUGAAUUGCUUUGGGCAUAAUGAACAAGAAAAUCCCAGAAGAUCUGGGAUUUCCUGGAGGAAGCUGGAGAAAUCUUCUGUCCAACUUGGUUAUGUUUGGGUGUUCUUGACAAAAUACGGAAGAAAAUCCCAGAAGAUCUGUGAAUCCCUGAACUAGACUGGUGUUUUUAAUAUUGAAGUUUUAAUAUUGAAGUAAAUUUGUUCAGUGUGUAGGCAAUGAUUGAAAUAUUAGUUUCAAUAUUCGCUUCAAUAUUGAAGUUUCUUUUCAAUGUCACUUUGAAAUGCUAUUAUUUCAAUAAUUUGUCUAAUGUGUAGACAGCUUUAAGCACGCGAGGGUAAGAAAAAAGCGUUUUUUCUUACCCUCUGAGUCGCGUCGUCCUAAACUCCUGCUCUUCCAUAUCUCCUUAAGCGGAAUUCUGUAACAGUAUGACAAUGUCAUAUGACAUUCUUAAGAAUUUUUAUGUUGUAAAUUCGAAAAAAAUAUUUGAAAAUCAGAUUUAUAUCACUUCCUAAGACCUUCACAGAGCUUCUUGCAAUGUCUAUUCGAUGCUUAUUGGCCAUUAAUAUUGUUUUAUUCCCAAAUUUAUCACGAAAAUUUGUCAUAUGAGAUUGUCAUAUCGUUAGAAAUUUCCCCUACUGGGGACGUUUCCUACUAUUCAGUGUAUCUUCAGUACACCAAGGUGUUUUCAGCUACAUCUCUGUGUGUCCAUGGCUUCUGAGCAUUCCUUAGUCCUAGGGUGUUCUUCUCCUUUACUAGUAGCGAAAUAAGUCAAUUUAACGGACGAACUUCUUCUCUGUCCGGGGGGCAGAUGAGCGAUUUUAGAAGCUGUUAGAAGGGGGGGGGGGUUCAAAAAUCAGUCCUGGGCAAAUCGAGGAGGAUCUCCAGAGUACCAAAAAGACAGAGAAAACUCCCUCUGUCUCAAAGCAAAACUUGCAAUUGCAUACAUAUGUGUUACUCUCAAGAAUUAUAGCCUUAGGGCGAAAAAUCAUAAAUACACAGAGUGGAUCGGGUCGACUAAUUAAACUGCAAUUUUUUAAAACGCUGUAUUUUAUUUUAUUUUUCUAUUCUUUGGGACUCUGAGUAACUAAAGGAAAAUAGGGACACUGGACACUUUGAGAAAACCAAUUUUGACCGAUUUUGAUUUGCAUUCGACGGCAAUGGAGAUCAUUGUACGCUCGAAAACAUUAAGCACUUCUUGGCUAAUAUUUGUUGGUGUGCGAUUUCUUUGACGGUGUCGUGUCCUAACGUCCACUCCCUUUCUUGAAAAACAUACUAUUUUUCGGUCAUCCAUUUCUUACACCAAGAAUAGCGUAAUAAGCUAGUGGUACGUGGAGAUUUUAUUAUUGGAUCUUUGGGAGUAUAAAUUGUGGAAGAAUCGUUUGUUCCUAGAAAAGUUCAUAAUUCUUAUUCAGCCAAAUAUUCAACAAUUUUACCAUUAUGAUCGUGAAGAAAUAAUUGCAAAAGUUAUUGUGGCCAAUUUUUUGGCCAAACCGUUGAAGAUAGCGGACCAAAAGGACCAGAUUCUGGAAGCUAAUAAACUAAGCUUUUCUCUAAUAUCUAUCAUGUCCAUUGAUCUUUAACAGAAACCCUCUAAUAAAUACGGUUAAUCGGUUCGUUCCCUUUUAGAGCCAGGGAAGACGAGUGGACUAGACAAGCUUUUGACAGCUAAUUAGUUUGUUUUUUUUAAUGGUAGCUUAUACAAUUAAACUCAAGGCGAGAUUAUUUACCCAAAACUCAGGAAAUAUUCUCAAAAUUCACGAAAAUAAGAUGAAGAAUAUUGAAUAAUGAAGAACAUUUCGUUGAUUCCUAAUAACGGUUUUUCAAGAUCAAAGGUUAAAAAUACAUUAGAGAGCGCAUUUAUCAGGCGAAUGUGGUCAUAUUUUGGGUUAGUUGGAAAGGUCUUGAAAUUACCGAUAAAACUGAACCGGUUCCAAUCGGUCCUGAAUCAGUAAUGAACCGGUUCAUAACCGAUAAAUACCUUUUAUACGAAAUUCAAUUAAAUUGCUCCUGAGGUGUAUUUUGGAAAGUAUUUUGAGUGAUUUAUAAAUCGGUUCUAAUCAGUUGUGAAUAGGUAAUGAACCGAUUAUUUACCGAUAAGUAAUUUUUGUUCGAAUAUUCGAUUUUUAUUACUCUAAACUAUUUUGUAAAAUCUAUUGAGUGAUUUAUGAAUCCAUUUAAAUCGGUUAAGAAUCGGUAAACGGUAAAUGAUGCGAAAGUAUUUUUGAGAUAUAGCAUCUAAGUCACGAGUUCGAGGAUUUUGCAAAGCCUGGGAUGCUUUGUCACCCCUUUUUACUUUUCAAAUCGAUCUUUGAAUUUCUAAACUCUACUUGGGAAUGGUAAGAUUACUUAUAAAGCUCUUUACAAAAGAUUCAAAACGGGUGAACGAUAAUUUCUCUUCAGUUUUUAUAAGGGGCGUGGCCUAUUUUUUUGCGAAUGAAACUGCUAAUCCCACUUCUGAUUGAAAUUGUGGGAAGGUCAUAAGAAGAUCUAAUACUACCUUUCUGCAAAAAGUUUUUUUUUAAAUUACGAUGAAGUAAGAUAACGCCUCAAUUUAAUCUAAAUUGGCACAAUUGUUAUUUAAUUGAUAUAAAAUAAUAAAUAUAUAUAUAUACAAAUAUUUGGGAGAGAGACAAUUUUUUCAAUAUGACAAAUACUAAAUUUAAAUGAGAGAACAAUUGAGAAAACUAAUUUAAAAAAAACAAACUUCAUACACUCAGGCUGAGUGCUUGUUAUUGUAAAACAAAAAAAAUCUAUAUUGAAAUUUUUGGAGUGAAAAGAAACAAGGAAAACAUUUACGAAAAGUUAGGAUUUAUAAAAAUUAAAAAAGAAAAUGUGAAAAAUUAUUUAGUCUUUAGAAAAAAAAUGCUAGUUUAAAAGAAAUUUGAAGAUUUUAUUGCUAUUUCUUUGCGAAAGAAAAAACUACACAAAAUUCUCUUAAAAAAAAUAUGAGUGUGAGGGUUGACAAUGGGAAAAAGAUGGGAAAUGAAGAAGAAAAGGAGGUUAGCUGAGUUUUAUUAGGUAUUUAUGAACAUCCUUUUUCCAACAAAAAAAAGAUCACUCUUUUGUUCAUUUUUCGUGCUCUUGGAUAAUCAAAAAAUUCACUUGGGAACGAUACGAAAAAAAAAGAACGCCAAACAAGAAGAAUAAAAAAGUUAUGUUUUAGGUCAAGAAAGUAUGAAGAAGGAAAGGACAUCCCUUCUAUUUUCUAAAUGAAUUUUGUCACUUGAUUUUGUUCUUCUUUCUCUCUUAUUAUUGUGUACCUGAGGCAACAAUGUUCCAAUGAACAAACAAUUGCAAAAGAGAUUUUCCCAGAAAUAAAAAAAAGACUCAUUUUUUUUCUUUUAUAUUUUCUCUGGCCAAUGGAAUCGAAAAGAAAAAAAAAUUGAUGAGAGAAAAUAUUUUGGGCAAUAUUAGGUGGAAAAUAAAAGAAAAUAAACUGUUAGAUUAAAUUUAGGUGAAGAAUUUAGUUGGAUAUAUAUACAUAUUUUUUUUUUAUUUAGACGGGAGGGAAUUAUUUGGAAAAUAAAUAAUAAAUUGAGGGAGGACGAUGAAAAAUAAGCCCACCAUAUCACUCAAAUAUUGUGACAAUUUUUACAAGAAUAGACAGAGAAAAUCACAAUUUCCUCUUUUAAACUUAAAGUAUUCCAAUCGUCGGGAGAGACUUUUUACUGCUGUGUUCAAAAACUUACUGCUAAUGCAAAACAUUAACAGUUUCUAUACAAAAUCGGCAGGAGAAGUAAUGUUUCUUAUAUGCAUUGCAAUUGAAUAAAAUCCAAAAAGCUUCUAAAAUUUCACUUCUUCAAUCCCUAAAAUGUUAAGAAUUGUUCAAAUUUAGUAAACUAGAUUGUUUCAGCGCUAGUACUGCCCUCGGGCGAUGGACACGGGAAUAACAUUAAUUAUCAAUAGUAAGUACUUACCAGAGUUUUCGAAUGCAAUUUUUGAGUUUGUGAAUAAGUUUUAUAAUUAAUAAAUUAAUUAAACUUUAAAAUACUGCUCGAACUCCACAAAGAAACCAGCGAAAAGAGCGAAGUAACCACUUAUCGCCAUAUUUAGGAAAAAGAGGAAUUGAUUUUAUUAUUACUUUUGAACUCUUAUUACAGAAUAACUCAAAUUUGACACAAAACUACUUGGAUGUAUUGGCACUAGCGUCGUGAAAAAAAUAGUCCUACAAUUAAACGCUUGACUACUUAAAAAUCUCAUUUUUAUUAACAAAGCAAAAAUAACUACUUCGUCGCCACUUUUCACCACUUUUCGCCAGUUUUGUAACCACUUCUCGCCACCCACUUUUAAAGGUCCAAGCUCGAUUAUUUUACGCAAUGUUAAUAAAAAGAAUUAACAGCUCUCUCCGAUAUCCGGUUGACGUGGGGACAAAAUGACAAUUGGGUUUUUUCAAUCUGGUCAACGGUUUUUCUAUUUCCCGCUGUGUGAACUUAUUUUCUGUCCAAAAACAACAGAAAUUUCUUCGAUGGUGCGCUUAUGUUUCAUUUUGUACCACAAUUAAGUAUCAAAGACUUUGAUAAAGUGAAAAUAACAUUUUAAUUCAUGCUGGGCAACUCAGAAAAACUUCGUUCUGCAAUUCCGCAAUUUUUCUUCUUCUUCCUUUUUUAACGGCCAUCCAUCGCUAGCCGCACUAGCGAUCGUACCGGUGAUUAACCAAAGUUAUCAAAAUUUGUCUCGAGUAAUCGAAGUCUCACACCCGUUACCUAAUGGCUGCUUCAGAAACGGUUAUUUCAAAUCUCUACAUUUUAUUGCAAAAAUUGAGGAAAAUAUACUUCUUGAAGUGAACAAAUAUUUUUUUCAUAAAUAAUAAAUAAUUUUAUUGCCCUCAGCUGAAAAUCCCAUAGUAAAUUUUUUUUUUGGGCUCAAGAAAAUUCUGGAGCAAUUUAUCAAAAUAUGCAGAAUUUUUGAUCGGGAAUAUGUUUAAUACACCUAUUUAAUCAUUCUUUAUAGACAGCAUACCCUCGCAGUAUUUAUAUAUAUAAAAAAAAAUGAAAAUCGUGAUUAUAAAUUCUACCAUGUUGAUAAUUUUAGAGAAAAUAUUCCAAGCUAAUUUUGACAGAACAUCUUGAGGAAAGUGCCGAAAGUUCAUGAAAUUUUCUAUAGAAAUUCUGUAGAAAAUUCUGCAGAAUUUUCAUACAACGAUCGGAUCCGCCUUAGAGCAAAAUUCUGCAGAAUUUUCGGCAGUUACAUUUUCAAAUCUGACGACUCUGCAGAAUUCUGCAGAAAUUGCCGAGUGAGAAGCUUCAUGUUUCGUCAAAAAUGUUUUGAAUUGAUUGACCGUCAGUGUUUGGCAGCUGUCAGCCGGAUAUCGAAGUGCCGGAUAUCGAAGAGAGCUGUGUACAUUCAGCAUUUCUUUUUCCUCUUGAUCAUCUUAUUAUUACUCGCUUUAAUUAAUUUUUCUUCACUUUAAUUUCACAAAUAAAAUUAUACAAAUUUUAUGUAUUCCACAAGUGUAAUUAAAUAUUCAAUAGACAAAUUAUUUAUCCAGAAAAGUAUAUUUUGCUUGAUGAAAAUUUGAUGACACUUAGUGUCUUUCCUCUGACCUCUUUUGACGCCUGACCUCUUCUUUUUGAACGUGCUAACAACGAUUUUUUCAAGGUCAAAGGUUAAAAAGGCACUAGAGAGCGCAUUUAUAAAGCGGAUGGGAUUAUGUUUGGGCUCAUUGGAAAGGUCUUGGAAUUCCUGAUAAAACUGUACCGGUUCCAAUUGGUUCUAAGGCCAUAAUUAACCGGUACAUAACCGAUAAGUAAUUUUUGCCGAAAUUCAUUUAUAUUGCUCCAGACGCUCCAUAGGUGUAUUUUGGGCAAUUUUUUGAGUGGUUUAUAAAUCGGUUCGAAUCGGUUCGAAUCGGUUCGAAUCGGUUGCGUACCGGUAAUAAACCGAUCUAUAAACGAUAAGUAAUUUUAGUUAGAAAAUCAAUUCUAUUACUCUUGGAACUAUUUUUGUGGGAUCUUUUGAACAAUUUAUAAAUCGGCUUAAAUUGUUUGAGAAUCCAUAAACCGUAAAUAAUGCAAUAGUACUUUUGAGGGAUAGCAUCUAAGUCACGAGUUCGAGCAGUUCGUAAAACAGACCUGUGCUCGUUAAAAGUCGUGUAGUAUCGGAAAUUUUGUGUUGAUAUUUUUAAUGGAAAUUACAGAUAGCCAUACUGGUAACACUAAUCCCGCUCAUUCACGGUGCCAUGAUAAAUAUUUUUGCGCCAAAAAGACAUAACAGACAUAAAAACUCAGGGGGGUGACAUUACCUCUGAAAAAUGCGACCAGUUUUAGUGUAAAUUUUUCCCUGUUUUUGUACACAUUUCACGAGAUACCUCCAAAACUACGUAGGUUGCCAAUUUUUGGUUUUUGGUUGCCUUUUUGUUAUUAAAUUGGCUUUUAUUUUGUAUUUGUAAUUUUUUGACAAUUCACUCUACAAUGACAGAAAACAGAUAAUAAACUUAAAAGUUUUUUCGGCAUGCUAGAAACAUAUGGGAAACAUAGGAAACGUCAUGCCCCUGUAAAAACUCAUAUUGAAAGAAAUUGUCUUCUUGAUAUCUUUGUCGGAAGACGGAUAGCUGUUCACUAAACACCCUUUUACUUGAAUCUUGCGGAAAUAUGAAGAAGUUUAAAGAAAAUAUCAUUUCAAAUGACAAGCAUCCUAAAUCGCGCGCAAUUCAACUGUUAGAGAGAUAGAGACACAAAUAACUCACUUGACAAACGUCUGGCGGCGCUGCGGUUGCAAAAAAAUCUCUAAAAUGCGACAAAAUAUUUUCUUCUCUAUUUUAUCCUUAUUAUCAGGUUGUGUCCCUUCUUGUAAUAUGUACUUUUGCAUUCCUUAUUAACCAAAAUAAUGUUGUACAAAAGGGGUUUUUCUCAAACCUAUCCUGAAUUUUGGGACAGCUCAAAAGAGUAUGAGUCUUCCAGCUCAAAAUUUCAUCCCAAUCUUUUUGUUGUAAUUUCGACAAUUAUUCACAAUUAACCCAAAUAACUGCAUUCAAAUAAAUUAUUAAAAGGAUUUUCUUUUGAAAAUGACUUAACUCUUAAGGAAUUAAACAGUUUUCACAUUAAAAAUUCUCUCAUUUUCUCUACAUGAAUUUUCGCGGCAUUUCGAAGAAUGCCAACAGGCACCACCAAAUUCACUUCGGCUUUUCUUUUAGCUCAGGCCUGUACGUAAAACAUGAGACGCUUUGCCACCCCUUUUUUUUAAAAUGAAGUAAAAUUUUAUUUAAAAGUAUUUGAAGGAGAUUACUUCCUCGUAAUUAGCUGCACAUGGUUCGCGAUUUUCAAGUCCUCAUACAAAGUUUUGAAAUAUAUUUAAAUAUUAAGUCUUUAAUGUGCUGUAAGUCACUCAAACCUUACUAAUAUUUGAACAUUUUGGGAUAUUUCUUGUAGAGAGCAAAGUUUCACUUUUAGAAGUGUUUUAAAGUGAAGCAAAGUUUUAGAACUUACAAGAGAAUCUGUCAAAGUAAAAUUUCAACUAUAAUUAAAUUCUUGCUUAAAUUGAAAAUUUAUGAAUAAAGUGAAUGGAAUAAAGCAAAAGUACAAUAAAAGUCGACAUUUUUUGAACACAGCGGUAUUGACUUUCCUAAAAAAAAAAAAGAGAAAAAGUUUACCAGGAAAACCGUAAAUGCGACAACAAUUUUCUGAAACAAUCAAUAAUGCGCACAAUUUAAAAAUAAAAGAACAACAGUUGAGAGUGAGAUACAAUAAAAGAGGAAAUUCGCAGAAAACUGAAAAUAAAACAGAAUAAAAAUAAAUAAUAAAAUAAAUUCCAAUGAUCCAUCGGAAGGUGGAAAACAUGAUAAAUUGGCACAUAUAACUCCAUUUAUUUUUCAAUUUUAUUUUAUUUUAUUUUAUAUACUUUUUUUAUUAUGUUUAUUUGUCUUUGAAAACCAUUUGCGAGGGGUUUUAAUUAAUAAAAUUGCUAUAUGUUGAUAUUCUGGAUAAUAUUUCAAGUUAAUUAUUUCAGUCUGUUUUCUUGCAAUCCAUGCAAAAUCAAUCAAUGGAAAAAAAUAGAAAAAUGCGAUAUCAGUCAUUGACAAUCGGUAAAGAAAAUCUGCAAUAUUGAUAGUAGAAAAAAUCAGAGAUAAUGAAAGAGCCAGAAAAUAUUUCUGUAUUGAUUUUUAAAUAAAUUUUCCCAGAAAUUUUGAAUUAAGUACCAAAAAUUUCUAAUUACUGCAUCAAAUUAAUCUGUGUCUCAUUGAAUUUCUCUUUCGAAUAUUCAAAAUAGACUUUUAGAGAGCGUGAUUACAUUUAAAAAAAAAGAAGAAAAAUAGGAAGAAGAAUAAGAGAAAAAAAGUAAUUCUACAUUUUGAGACUAUAAAUGUUCAAAGUUUUUAAACAUAUUUUAUGUAUAAAUUGAAGAAAAUAUUAAUCUUGUUAAAAAUGAAGAAAAAAAAUCCAUCAUUGAGAUGAACAUUAUUAUAUUUUCUUUCUUUAACAAAUUAAGCUAUCUCGAUGUUGAUACAUGCAUAUUAAAAAAAAGUGAAAUAAUUAAAGAGAUUUAAAGAAAAAAAAAUGUCUCUAAAUGUGGUUUUAACUAAAUGGCAUUUGUACUUAUAAUUGUAAUUAUUUAAAUUAAAGUAAAAUGAUCAUAAAACAAUUACCAUUGAAAAGAUUUAAAUAUUAAAAAAAAGAGAUGAAAAAUAAAUAAAAUGAAACAAAUCAAGUAUUGUGUAAUUCAUGAUAAUAAUUGUGUAAUUCUCCCCCUCAAAACUUUAAUCAGCCUGUGUGUUUGUUGUGUAAAUAAAAAAAAGAAGAAAUAGACAAAAGAAGAAAAAAAGAAAUUUAAAAAAAACAUCCUACUUAUAAGAGAAGAAAAACAAUUUAAGAUAAAUCUUUUGUGGAUUAUUUUUCUGGUUAAUUGAAAGAAAAAUAAAGUUGCAUCAGAGAUUUUGUGCUUAAGAAGAAAUUCCACAAAUUUUGAGGAAAAAAAAUAGAUUCAGACAAGAAGAGGAGUUUAAGUGAUUAAGGAAAAAGAUAUAAACGAAAUGGUUUUAAGAGAGAACUUGUGGAGGAUUGAGAGAUAAUUGUUUUUAUUUUUAAUCUAUAUUCUAUCAAUUAUUGUACAAUGUAAUAAAAUGCAAUGUUAUUUUAUUCAUUCAAAAAUAAAUAAGAUGAAAACAGUCAA